CAUGUGUCUUUAAUAGGCUACUGAUUAUGAUAAAAGCUUACAUAGUGUUAGACCAACACUUACAGCUCAACCUUCCUCCAGCCAAACAAAGUCUCACUGGUUUUUGUUGAUGCUGCCGAAACGCAGAUGUUUGGUACCGUUUUAAUAUUUCAAGACAUGGCCACGAAAUCUUGGACGUCGGGUACACAGUGUGUUGCCAAAAAGGAGCACUGCGAACCUAAAACUGGUGAAAUACCGUAUCACAAAUCUGAUGUCCUAACAAUCAUGGGGCCCGGAACGAGGAAAGGGGAGUACAGAGCGAGACAUAACACGACCGGGGCAGAAGGACUGGUCUUGGGUUCGAACCUCAGAGAGAGGGAAGCCCUCCGUAUUGACCCGAAUCUCAGUUUAAUGCCCUGGUUUCAUGGAAAGAUAUCAGGACGACAGGCCAUCUGCAAACUCAGGCCCAUGGAAGACGGUCUGUUCCUGGUUCGAGAGUCUAUUCGGCAUCCUGGUGAUUUUGUACUGUGCAUUUGCUUCAAACAGAACGUCAUUCAUUACCGAGUCAUCUUCCAAGACCGCAAACUGACCAUCGACAACAAAGAAUUCUUCUACAACCUCAUCGACAUGAUCGAGUUUUACAGCAAAAAUAAAAGUGCCAUCGCUACUAUUCUACAAAAACCCAAAAUGAAAGAGGGGACAAAAUCUGCGGAGACUGAACUAUUGAAAUCCGGCUGGUUACUGGAUCUCACGAAGUUGACUUUGGGAGAGGCCAUUGGAGAGGGGGAGUUUGGUGCGGUAUUUGAGGGCGAGUAUGCAGGCCAGAGGGUCGCCGUUAAAAACAUUAAAUGUGAUGUCACUGCCCAAGCCUUCCUCGAAGAGACUUCUGUCAUGACAAAUCUCCAUCAUAAAAACCUUGUACAGUUAUUAGGGGUGAUUCUUCACAAUGGACUUUACAUCAUAACAGAACUCAUGACAAAGGGGAAUCUGGUGAAUUUUCUCCGCACACGUGGACGUUUUGCUGUGAGCUCGACUCAGCUGUUGCGCUUUGCACUAGAUGUUUGUGAAGGUAUGGAACACCUGGAAUCCAAAAAACUGCUCCACAGAGAUCUUGCAGGACGAAAUAUUCUCGUGUCUGAGGACGCUGUCGCCAAAGUCAGCGAUUUUGGCCUGGCGAAGGUCAGCUCUAUGGCAAAAGACAACUCAAAAUUACCCAUCAAGUGGACGGCGCCUGAAGCUUUAAAGAACAAGAAAUUCUCCACUUACUCAGACGUUUGGAGUUAUGGAGUUCUUCUGUGGGAAAUCUUUUCAUAUGGCAGACAGCCGUAUCCCAAGAUGUCGGUGAGUGAAGUGAGGGAGCAUGUGGAUCAGGGUUACCGUAUGGAGCCGCCCGAUGAAUGUCCACCUGACGUCUACAUCAUCAUGAGGUCCUGCUGGAACACAGAACCCAAGAAGAGACCGUCGUUCCACAAACUCCGAGACAGACUUGAGAAAGAGCACGCGAAAUGUGACGUGUGAUGCACAGCGCUUCGGUGCAAGUUCACCCUUCUCAGACGACAAAAGUUCACAUUGAAUUUGAUGUCUUCAUGUGCAUAAUGUAGUUUUAUUUAAUUUGAAUCACACUGUAUAUUGAUGUAGGCUUAUUUACUUUGUUUCUAUAAUUGAUGAAAAAAGAUAAAAAUCACAAAACCAUUUUUCUAAAUACUCUUACUUAGAAGACAUCUGCAUUAGUUUUAAGUAUGUUUUCAUUGCAAAGAAAACGCUCAUGCUGUACAUGCUUUAGGUUUUACCACGUUUCAGGGAUUUUGAAUAUACUUAUUUAUUGUAGCAACUGUAAUAAAUACA